AUGGAGAGUGGUGGUAUGAAUGCUCUAGUCUCAUCUAUUCAGCCUAUCGAGAGCCUUUAUGAGCAACGUUGUUUAAAACGAGCACUUCCGGAUGUGUCCUAUGAUUUUAAAAGGCCAAAGUUUGAUUUCAUCUCUGAAGAGCUGGAUAAAACCUAUAACGUUUCUGAAGAUUCAUGUCCUUCAUCCCCAACAAUCGAAAACAAUGACGAAGAGGAUGAGGAUUCAGACGUCCUGCCAUCUUCACCAAUUCGUCCAUCAACUCCACCCAUGGGUCACCUUCUCAAUGCACCACGAAAGCCAGCAAUGAAACGUCUGUAUUUUGGAAGACUCGAGAGACUGCCAAUAAGACAUUUCGGAGAUAUCAGUGACGUCACCGUAUUCAAUUUGCUUUGA